AUGGAUCCUGACUUUUUUUUUGAAUACAUGAAUCAGCUGUUCACGUGCUCUCGACGGAAUUCUCGCAAGAGAGUGUUAGACAUAAGGUUUAUUCGAAUUCAUACCUUCGGUACUCUUUAUCUCUCCCUUUCUGACGGUACAGGAAAUACCUCGAAGGAUUUCCGAGCAUCUCUUCUUUUUAUGACCAUUUCUUCCUUCAAUACCUCCUCUUUGCAUGAAUUGUCUUUAAUUAAUGUUCUUUUGCGUGAGCAUAAAUAA